GGCAUUACUGGCGGCUACAAAGGCGAAAAUGCCAUAAUUAUCCGAGCCAUGCUGGCCUUCACUGCCAUAGCCUGGUACAACUCGGCCGAACUGAUCAUACUGGUCCUUGUCGUCUUCAAACGCUACUCUGGGUUAUACUUCUGGUCGUUACUCAUCACAUCGGCUUCGAUCAUACCGUACUCGGUCGGCGCUUGGUUGAAACAAGUUGGAGAAAGCGAUGCCAUGGGCAUGAUCAUACUGUCGAGCAUUGGCUGGGUUGUCAUGGUACCAGGACAGAGUCUAGUGUUAUACUCUCGACUUCACUGCAUCACACAAAACCAGAAAUUGCUGAAGGGGAUACUGUACAUGAUCAUCAUCAACGCCAUCAUCCUUACCGUCCCGACAAAUGUUCUGUCUCUCGGCUCAAACUCCAGCAAGUACUAUCUCUUCACUACUGGAUACUCGGUCAUGGAAAAGAUACAAAUGACGGCCUUCACCGCCCAGGAACUGAUCAUCUCUUCCAUCUACCUGAUUGAAGUACGUCGAGUGCUCAAAGUCGUUGAUGACGGUCGCUUCCGAAAAAUCAUGUGGGAACUCGGCGCCAUCAACGUCGCAAUCAUCGUCCUAGAUGUUGCGCUUCUCGCUGUCGAAUAUCUGGGCCUAUACCAGAUCGAAGUCACACUGAAAGGAAUGUGCUAUAGUAUCAAGCUGAAGCUGGAGUUCGGUGUUCUGUCAAAGCUGGUCAAAAUAGCCACUGCUCGG